UUGUACAAAAUGUGCGAAAUUGAUUUUGUAGUUAUUAGUUAACAUAUCUCAUCUUUUUUUAAGUAUUUAAAUCGGCCAAAAUUUUAGUUUAAAUUUAUGCAAUAAAAGAAUACAAUCAAAGCGCUCACUUGAUGGCAAGACUGCAGCGAAUAAACGCGAAUCACAAAAACCAACGCGAUGUGCAAACAAUUUCAAGCACGCCUGAAGGUAUGCUGCAUAGUUGACGCAUUCUUUUUCAGAGCCCACCAACAACUUCAGCAACAAUACGAAAUCACUGAAUAGAUUGUCUAAGUGUAGUUAACAUACAUAUGCAGAGCAAACGUUAUGCUCCCAGCAAAUUCUAGCGUAGUUAAAGAAAAAAAUUAAUAAAAUAAAUCAUAGUAAAGCAAUACAUAAAACAUGAACACAAUAAUAGCAUAAAGCGGCAGCGCAACCAUAGCAAUAGAAAUACAAAAACUUGAACCUACAAGUGAAAUCACACACAAAUGCAUAGCACUGCUAAAACUUCUAAGAAAUACUACAAAACCAAAUAUAAAAAAUAAACAAACGAAAUUUUUCAAAAACUACAUACAAGUUCAGUUACAUUUGUGCCUACGUCCAGUAAAGAAAAAAGGUGCAGAAAGCAUUGAAAGAUGUCCAAUACGAAAGACACACUGCACGUUGGGUCAUACCUUAAUUAUGGCGCGCAGGGUGGUAGUCGCGGGUUAGCCGCUGCGGCUGCAAUGGCUUUUGGUCGUGGCAGCGCUGCCAGUAGUGGACGCAAUAGUGCUUGCAGUUCGGGCAGCGUUUCACCCAUACCGACCAUUGCGAUCAGCACUGGCGAUGAGUCGUCCGAGUCGGAAAUCGAAACGGAGCCGGCGCGUAUCUUCCAUCGACGUCUCUCUACGAAAAGGAAUAUUAAUGCGGCGGCCACAAUCAAAGAGGGUUUCCUGUUAAAACAGAUAUGGUCAUUUCAGCGUUGGCGUCGUCGCUAUUUCCGCCUGAAACAAAAUAAAUUGUACUACGCCAAAGAUAUUAAGCACCUACAGGCAUACCUGCAUACACAGCAAUCUGUCACCGACACAGCGGCAACCAGCUGA